AUGAAGCUACUGCUGCUGAAGAGGGGAAUUCUUUGGGUGGUGGUGUUGUCUGCGCAUGUCCUUGCUCAGGAUUCGGCCACAGUGACCGCGCAGGACUCUCCCACCCAAAAGGAAGUACAAGCACCAUCCACCCUCCAGGCGGGUAAAAGUGAAGAUCCGGUCGGAAAAACUUUAGUUGUGAACUGGAAGCUGACCUGCCAACAACUCUGCGGUGAGGGAUUCGGAGGGCCGGCUUGCGGGCUGGCCUGCCUGCAGCAAAAUGCCGUCGAUGAGUCCAACCGCAUUAAAUUAGACCGCAAAUCACAAGACGCAGUUUGUCUCACGCUUUGUGAGAAUGGUUUAGGCUCAAAUAAGUGUAACUGCAAGCCAACUUCACCGCCUGCGAUUGGCCACGAUCAUGCGGCCGUUUGCAAGGCGUUUUGCGGAACCACGGCCAAAGUUCAGCUCAACGGAUGCGGUCCAUGUGAGGAAGAAGGUCCAGUCCAAGGGACAGAUCUGGUAACAGAUAGUCGAACCACUCCUGCUCCGAACACGACACCGAAUUGGGACGAACUUUGCCUGGUGUGGUGCAAAAUGGGCGAAGGUGGGACAGUGUGCAAUUGUGAUUUGCCGCCUUUCAUUUAGGAAAGGGGUCAUUUCAAGCGAUUAUGUUUUGUUUGAAAGUGUUUGCUUUGUUUUUGGUAGCUAUUUUUUGAACAAGUAAAUCAGGAGUAACAAAUCAAGACAUAUCGAAAGGAAAUUUCAAUUGUAUUUUUCCUUGAAGAACGUUCAAUUAUGAGUUUAUUUGACAAAGUUGUUAAAGAUUAUUGUUUAAAUUAAAAAAAAAACCUAACAUUAAGAUGAAACAACACUGAAAUCAAAGGGCUUCCAAACAAAUGUCACUUCAGAGGAAUAUUCGUCGUAGAUGUGUAGAAAAAGUGUAUAUUUCCUCACCGGAAUGACUUUACAACAACUAGAACCUUGGUUUGAAUAUAGUAUUUCAGUAUUUGUUAUUUAUAAAUCUUUCGCCCUACUUUCAGCUCGAAAGUUGGACGAAAUUGAACUCCAUUCUGAUAGGGGCAUCUCUAUCAAGCGUCAAUUUUUUAGUAUAAAUUCUAUGAUGAGAAUUUUAAUUAGUUUCCCCCUUAAAAGUACGACCAAACUUGGCGUCUUUCUGUUGAUUGAACAUCCAAACAAAUGACUAAUAUAUAAAACAUGUACACACAUACAUUCUGCUAGAUUGACAAGAAUGAGCAAACUGCUGUGAAAGACAAUAAAUACAAUAAACAGUACUUUGGCAGAAAACUCACUAUAUAAUGCAAAAGAGAAAAGUUGAUGAAUAUGUGCUUAACUUGCUUGAGAUUAUUCAUAUAGUAUGUCAUUAAAAUAUAAGAUUGCUCUAACCAUCAACAAAUAUCUAAAAAUAAAAAAAACGAAAGAAAAUCCAAGGCGAUGAAUGAAUUCCACGAUAAUUUCGAUUGUUCUCAUCAGACAUUCUAAUAAACGCUAAACCCGUAUCUUGAUGUACUCUAUGGUUAUGGAAAUAAUACAUUGUUGCGGAAAAGGAAAAAUACGAGCAAACAAUGAACUAUAUCUCUGUUAUAUUAAAUAAAAAUCAAAACAAAAUUGUACACAUUCAGCACAACGCUAAAAAUGCAAUGACAUUGAGACAAUAAAAUGAUUAAUGAGUUAGUCAUAGCCGUACUAUUGGAAACUAAAAAUUACAUGUUUAGAUCGUGGA